AUGGCGAGCACGGACUGUCCGGGGAAGGAAGGUGCUGGGGGCAGGAGGAGGAAUUUGGCCCUGCUGAGGAACAAGCUGUACAUGGGGGAGAGGAGAAGGACGGAACCCGUGGUGGAGAACACCACCGCUGCCGGGGAGCACAGCACCUUGAGGAGGAGUCAGUCCGACAGGACAGAGUACAGCCAGAAAUUACAAGAAAAAAUGGCCCCGCAGAUGGAGUCCUCAACCCCUGCCACUUUGCUGCAGGAGGACGAAGAACAUGUUAGCAGACGCAUGAUGACCAAAAGGGUGAAAAUCAUCACAGAACUCAUACAGACAGAGAAAGACUAUAUCAGCGACCUGGAUCUCUGCAUCAAGGAAGUGAUUCAGCCCCUGAGAAACAAGCAGAUUGCUCGCUUUGACGUGGACGGCUUAUUUAGCAACAUUGAAUUGGUCCAUCAAGUAUCAGCCAAACUGCUGUCAUUGUUGGAAGAAGCCACGACAGAUGUGGAACCACCCAUGCAAAUAAUCGGGGAAGUGUUCUUGCAGAUUAAAGGCCCACUAGAAGACACAUAUAAAAUCUACUGCUAUCGCCACGAUGAUGCACACACCAUGCUGGAAUCCUAUGAAAAGGAUGAAGAACUGAAGCAGAAUUUAAGACACUGUGUACAGUCCUUAAAAAAGAUAUAUGAGGAAGAAGGAAAGCCAAAUCUAACGGACAUGGGAUCCCUGAUGAUCAAACCAGUGCAACGGGUGAUGAAAUAUCCCUUGUUACUCUGUGAACUCUUGAAUUCAACUCCUGCUUCUCACCCUGACCACAAGGCGCUACAAGACGCCCUUUUUGCUAUGAAAAACAUUAAUGUGAACAUCAAUGAACUUAAAAGGAGGAAAGAUUUAGUGCUGAAGUAUAAGAGGAAUGAUGAUGAUGAAACCCUUAAAGAAAAGUUUUCCCGACUGAAUAUCCACUCCAUUAGCAAGAAAUCCAAGAGGGUCACCAGCCAUCUGAAAAUACUGACGGGGGGAGAACCUCAGGUGAAAGAUCAAACUUUUAAUAAGGAAGAAAAGUUAUUUCGAAGUUUAGAGAAGACUGUGAAAUUGUGUGUGAAGAACAUUUCACUUUCCUCGCAACAUCUACAGGAUUCUAUACAUCUGGCUGCACAGAAUAUAAUUGGGCUCCAGGAAAUCUUGCAAGACAAAGAUGACGAAGUCAACGACUGUUUGAAAAAACGGAACAACACUGCAAAUCUCUGUGAAGACCUUAUGGCUCAGCUGGACAAGCUUGUUUUGUCUCCUCUCUCAGCACUACAAGCCUUGUUUUCAGGCCCACAGAAGCUCAUCCAGAAGCGCUAUGACAAGUUGUUGGACUACAACAGCUACCUUCAGAGGUCAACAGGAGAAGAACUGGACCUGGCAAAGAAAGACUAUGAGGCUCUAAAUGCACAGCUAGUGGAAGAACUUCAGGUAUUCAACAGAGCAGCCAAAAAGAUUGUGUUGAACUGCCUGCAUUGCUUCAUCACCCUCCUCAGGAAUAUUAUGUCUGCAGCACUUCAAUCAAAUUCUACUAUGGUGGUGCCUGUUCCGCUGUCUUCUUCAAGCAUCUGCGAAGUGCAGAAUCAGUUGAUGGAGGAGGUUCACAAGCUGAAUUUUGUAAAAGAAAACAGCAGUGCAACCUUCAUUGAGAGAAAAUGGAGCUUGGAAAAAAAGAAACCUCUCCCUUCUCCGCUCGAAUCCCCACGUCAAACAGAAGGCCACAGGUCCAAGCUGUUGACUGCAUACAGCACAGAAUUGCUCUACCAAGCUAAGCGCAAGUGCAAUGCCACACAGGAAUUCGAUAUUGAUUUACAUGAAGGAGAACUGGUGGCUGUUGUGGAGCAAAAGGACCCCUUCGGAAGUACAAGCAGAUGGCUUGUUGACACAGGAAUCCUUAAAGGGUAUGUGUAUUCCUCCUUCCUGAGACCUUACAAUCCAGCCAAAGCACAGAAGGACGUAGCAGAAAAUGGCUUCGGUGAUGAUGAUUUUGAUAAUAUCAGCCUCUUUGUCUCUUCACGGCCCUCUACUGACAGCAGCACAAGAAAUCCAGGACACAAGAAGAGUGACAGCAGCUCAUGUCUUCAAUUCUGUGAAAAUGCCACAAUUAAUGGUACAGGGACUGAUGCUUUUCAGGAUAUGGAUGAUCAGCAUACCUUCUAUGCUGUGUACGCAUUUCAAGCAAGAAAUGAUCAGGAACUCAGUCUUCAGGAAUACCAGAAGGUUAGGAUACUUCGGUUUUCUGACCUGAGUGGCAAUAAAGAAUGGUGGCUAGCAGAAGCAAAAGGUCAGAAAGGAUAUGUACCAUCUAAUUAUCUCGGGAAGAUGACAUACGCUUAG